AUGGUUACAUCUGCAGCUGCUACUGUUACAGGUACAAAUACAGAGGUUGGUGGCCUACGUAAGGAGCUUGGCUUUUACAAGUUUUACCAUCAUAAUACUGUGAAUGUGCUUAUUCAUUCAGUAUGUGUUCCUACUAUUCUAUUCACGACGAUAUGUAUCCUUCAUAGGGUCAGCUUACCAUUCCAAAUUAUGGGAGUAUACCUAACACUUGGACACCUGUUGGCUUUGCGGUUUGCUACUACUUAUUGCAGAUUACAUAUUCCUGUAGGCAUAUGUGCAACUGCAAUUCUAGUCUGUACCUUGUAUGCCUUAGAUGCCGGACUGGUAGGCUUGACGUUGAAGCAAGAAUCAGAAAUAUUUGUUGCAGCUUGGAUAAUGCAGUUCAUUGGACAUGGUGUAUUCGAGAAGAAGAAGCCAGCGUUACUAGACAGUUUGGAACAAAGUUUGGUGCUGGCACCUUAUUUUAUCCUUUUUGAGUUUUUGUUUUUGUUAGGAUUCUUUCCAAAAUUAAGAGCUGAAUUGGAAUCGGAUGUUACCAAGUUAAAAUUGCAAGAGAAAAGGCAAAGCUAA